UAGUGUUAGGUAUGAUUAUGACAUCAAUAUAUGUUUGGUUUCAAAACAAUUGACGUAGUGUCUGCUGAGAAAAAACAACUAAAUGUUCAGUGUAAAUUUUGCUUCCCCACCCUGUAACAUGAAUAAUACUACAUACUACAACAAUAGCAUAGUAAUGCAUAAUACAAAUCAGCGUGACAGAGACGGUCAUUAGCUAAGAAAUGGGGUUGGCUAAUUUCAACAAACAACUGACAUCCAGCAUAAAACAGAUUCUAGCACAAAAUUCUCAUAAGCACACGAGCAGAUGUCAAUCUUGCAUAUUGAACCGUUAGCCUAAAAAACACACACAUCACAUUGUUACUGGGGGUAGCUGCCAACUGCUAUCUCUGAUGGGCAUCAAAUGCAAUGGCAUUUUGUCACCAGAUUAUACCCACCCCAGUGAUGAAUGCAAGCCCGUCUUUUAUUGAUUUUAGGUGUAAAAUGGAGUCAUAUAAACCACUUGGUCAGCGUUACAUACUCGGUGUACAAUGCAGUUUUGCUCCACUGACUCUGUCUCCAGCGCUUUAAAUCUCUCCGUCUUCCUGUAAUAUAUUUUGAAUGUCAUUCUAUGUCCGUUCACAUAUGUACAAAGUGUUCAUAUGCCCAAUCUGUAAUAUACUAUGUUCAUGUAGCAUCUCCACUCAGCUCUUGUCACAGUUUUUGCAGUGCCUGCUGUACUGUUUUUUAUUUUGCAGCUGGAAAUCACGGCUCUGCUCUAACUGGACAGCACACCCUGUCAAAGUUGUUACAAGUGUAAAAUAAUUGAGGUAAAUGCUUUCCUACAUCAGUGGUCUCAGGCUUAACGUGGGUCUGGUUUUCUUUGAGUGCUGAUGUUUGGAAGAGGAUGUGGAGGAUCGGUAACAGUAGAGCCAGACCUCAGUGAACCGGAGUGGGUCAAACCUCUCCAGGCGAUGGUGCUAUGACCUCCCAGUGCUCCUACUGGUCAGGUUUUCUAUCCUGUUAAUAGAUUUAUUUGACAUUUUAACACAGUGAAUGCUACAGCCCGUGAGUCGUUUCUUUUUCUUUUUGUUAUGCUGACUGGUUAUCAAGGGAAAAACAUGACAAAAUGUACAGCAGAUGUGACUGUUUUUGCAGAUUGAAUCAUGGGAAACGAGCAAUUUGUUUUCCUGUUUGUAUGUGAAACCAGCCAAAGUUUUGCAGGGUCAAAGCAUUUUUGCAUCAUCGCUGUGAUUUGAGAUUAAAGCAGCAGGAUCACAGUGGAUGCACGACCAAACUUGGUGGAAAAAACAAAUAAUUUUGUGCCUUUGUUUACUACAGUAAUUGAAAUGAAUGAAGUGUAUACUGCAUGUUAACAGUGUAUGCUCUCUGUCAUGUUGUUAAAAACAAAGUUCUUCACUUUUUAUUGUUUCAUAGUGUACAGGAUUCUUUUGAAAAAUUCUGGCAUGCUGCCUUUCUUUACCUCAGAAAAAAAAGACUACUUAGGUUUUGUUGAUGGUGGAAUUUGUUGCUGAAAAGAGUGAAUAUUUCUUGGUAUAAAACUAUAAUUUACAGCAGAAUGAGAAACAAAGGUUGGAAUAAUGUGUAAGAGAGAUGAAUAUCUUAAUUUAAUUUGUUAGUCUUACAGGAAUUUUCUGAAAUGAUGUAUAUUGAUGUUGGUGUUGUCUUUCAAUUUGGGGCAUGUAGGAAUUUACUUGAAUUUAAAUUUUUGGUUUGUUUACCUUUAAUGUGAUCAUUUUAUUUGAUGAGAAUAGGAAUAAUACUGUAUUUGUUUGAAGUUCUGGUUGACCAUUCACACAAAGAUGUUCUUUGUAUUCUGCUGUUUUUUGAUAAAUUUCCGCAUGUUUGACUGUUUAAAAGCAACACAUUGUAAACGUUACUCAUUUGAUCAUUUAUAUCCCCACCUUUCCAUCCACAUCUAUGCAGUUUUUGCGUUUUUCCAGAAAAUUUGUUCACAUUAGAUUGUUGAAUAUACUGUAUGUCUUUCUUUUUUUUUUUUUCUUUUUUUUUAAAAACCCCAAUCAACAUCCAUGCUAAACUUUUACUUUAAUGUCAUCAUUCUCAUUAUUUGCCUUGUAACUGCUCCUGGUGUACAUUACCCUGGCUGUGAGUGUUGUGUUGCUUUUAAUGAAUCUUUUGGUGACACUAAAUAAUGUUUCUAAAAAGUCUUCUAAGACAUAGUGUACUCUUUGAUCUUUUUUUUUUUUUUACUCUGAUUACUCUAAAUUCAGGUAAUACUGCAGCGUUUAAUAUAGUUACAGUAAAUUAUACUAUGGAAGCAGCACUUAAUGUUAUACAGCGAAGUCAAGUUAACGACAUCAAAUUGCUCAGUAAACUAUGUAAAUGUGCAGGAAUAAACUGCACACUAAGUGACAUUAUAGGGGGAAAUGUUAGGGUUGUGCUUUCAAAUAUUUUACAUUCACCUACCACUGCAGUUGAAUGUAAACAUAUCCUACAACAUCAUAGUCGAGAGGCUGUUUUAAAACCCUCUGCACUUUAAUAAAUGUGUUUCAUGUAAUUGAAAUUAUAUAUGGGUAUAUGUUGGCAUUUGUUUUACAGUUUUAUUUAUUAAAGCUCAAACAGUCAAUACUCACCUCACUGUACUUAAAAACAGUGUAACUUUGUAUUUAUUGACGUGUGUAAAUCAUAUGAAGCUGCCAUGUUUACAAUUUCACCUGUGUCAGGGCUAUGAAUAAGACAGUGACUGGAGUUUUUAUCAGUUUUUAGUUGUGCAUUUUAUCGGCAAAGACAGAAUUGAAUUUGUUUCAUCUAGCUAUCUUGAUAAAGGUACGUCUACAUGUCUCAGUUGGACAGAUUUCCUCUGUUUUGCUUUGUCCAAUGGCAGCCAUUUGUUAUUCGGGUCUUGUGCGUGUCGUGUACUUAUGACGUAAUGACGCUCUUCCCAGUGAUUGGUCAGAUGUCAUGCGUAGAUUUGGCGCCACAUUUCCAACCAGGAACAGAGUCCGGCGCUAUUCUUCAGCCCUGGCCUCCUCUCCUGACAGCAAACACACACAUUUCAGUUUGUAGCCUUAUUUUAUCUAGUGCACUUGCUACGUGUCAAAAGGUUUUUAAGGGCUGCUUACAACUGUUGAGUUUAAAAUGUUCAUCACGGACAUCAGGAAGGAGUUUUAUGAGGUUGUCGCCAACCAGAGAGUUGCACUCCUGGUCGCUUCAGAUGUCGACGCUCUCUGCGCUUGCAAGAUACUGCAGAGCCUGUUUCACUGUGACCAGAUCCAGUACACACUGGUCCCUGUUACAGGUUGGCAGGAUCUCAGCACUGCCUUCCUUGAACACAGAGAACAGUUUCGCUACUUUGUUCUCAUUAACUGUGGAGCAAAUGUUGACCUGCUUGAGAUGCUUCAACCAGAGGAUGACUCCAUCUUCUUUAUUUGUGACACUCACCGUCCUGUAGAUGUGGUCAAUGUCUACAAUGACACCCAGAUAAAACUGCUAAUCAAACAGGAUGACGACCUUGGCGUACCCUCCUAUGAUGAUAUCUUUAGAGAUGAGGAGGAUGAGGAGGGAGAUGACUCUGGAAAUGAAAGUGAUGAUGGCUCAGAGCCGUCGGGAAAGAGGAGGAGAUUUGAUGAGGGGGCAGUUGAGAGGAGAAUUGAAAGACAGCGAGCAAGGAGAGAGUGGGAGGGGCGAAGGAGGGAAAUCUUGUUUGACUAUGAGCAGUAUGAAUAUCAUGGGACCUCAGCUGCAAUGAUGUUUUUUGAGCUGGCGUGGGUUUUAACUAAAGACACCAAGGACAUGCUCUGGUGGGCCAUCAUUGGACUGACAGAUCAGUGGGUUCAUGACAAAAUUACACAUAUGAAAUAUGUGACAGAUGUGGCCACAAUGCAGAGACAUGUUUCCCGACACAGCCACAGAAAUGAAGAUGAGGAGAAUUCUCUGUCUGUGGACUGCAUGAGGAUCUCCUUUGAGUACGAUCUGCGUCUAACCCUGUACCAGCACUGGUCCCUAUAUGAGAGCAUCUGCAACUCAUGUUACACGUCCUGCAACUUCAAGCUUUGGACCUUAAACGGCCAGAAGAAACUCCAGGAGUUCUUAGCUGACAUGGGGUUACCUUUGAAGCAGGUCAGGCAGAAAUUUAACUGCAUGGACAUGUCCAUCAAAGAAAACCUAAGAGAUGUCAUUGAAGAGUCCUCCAAUAAAUAUGGUUUGAAGGAUAUCCGGAUCCAAACAUUUGGGGUUCACUUUGGCUUUAAGAACCGCUUCUUUGCCUCUGACAUGGUCCACGCCACAGCCGCUCUGCUGGAGAGCACCGACAAAGACGGGAGUGACAGUGACAACUUCAUCAAAGCUCUGGAAUCCCUGUCCAGAAGUAACCUGGAUCGCCUCCAUUCAGGCAUUGACCUGGCGAAGAAGAAGCUGCUGGCCAUCCAGCAGACGGUAGCCAGCUGCAUCUGCACCAACCUCAUCCUGUCCCAGGGCCCCUUCCUCUACUGCUACCUCAUGGAGGGAACUCCUGAUGUGAAUCUCUUUUCCAAACCCAUGGCUUUAACUCUGCUCUGCAAAUACCUCCUGAAGGCUUUUGUCCAUUCUACGAGGAAUAAGCGCUGCAAACUGCUGCCUCUCAUCAUGGCUGCUCCAAAGAGUGUGGAGAAGGGAACGGUCAUCAUUGUGGGAAUCCCACCAGAGUCUGAAAUAUCAGAUAAGAAGAACUUCUUCGGUCGGGCCUUUGAGAAAGCAGCAGAGAGCACCAGCUCGAGAACUCUGCACGACCACUUUGACACUUCAAUAAUUGAACUAAAGAUGGAGGACAGAAGCAAGUUCUUGGAUGCACUUAUCACCCUGCUGUCAUGAAACAUGUCCUGUGAGCCAGACUUUUAACGUCUAAGUGUUGAACUUUAAGAACCAGACAGUAAAAGGUACAAGUUCUUCCUUUGACGUCAGUGCUGCUGGUCUUUACAUCCACUUGGCAGAUAUGAGUCAAAUCAGUCUCAUAUGGCAUUAAUACAUGUUUAAAAUCCAUUUUCUGUGUAUAUUGUACAGGUUUUGUGUGAGUGUAUGAAAGUCUUAUUUUUGUUCAGAAUUUGUUUUAGACAUUUGUCUUUUAUUCUCGUCUUUGUAAGAAGUUAAUUGCAUAUGAUUCUGAACAUGUUUGAUAAAUCUUUUAA